AUUUUGCUGUCAGCCAAGACUUUGGCAUAUCAUUACCUUUUAUAGAUGAUAUGUUGAACAAUCAUAGGAAAUGUCCCUACUGGACCUUGUUGAGACAGUUCUGCCCCAGUGAUGUCGUAGAUACACAGAAAAGUGAACAUGUGAUGCAGAAAAAGAAGCGCAGGAGACUGUCUUCAUCUCAGCUACUAAAAAACCAUACUGCCACUCACAGUGUCUAUCUGUUUCUACGUACUGUCUCUAAACAUGUGAUACCACUGAAGGCACUUGGCAGCAAGCACAAUUUUAGAUGUUUUCUUAGACAUGUUAAAAAGAUGCUGUCAGUACAGAUGCAUGGACAGAUUUCGUUGGAUCAUAUGGUUGAUGGAAUCAAAACAAAAUCCAUUGCUUGGUUACAGUCAAACAGUCAGAACCAGAAAGCAAGUCUUCUGAAGAAACUGAUUGAUUUUCUCAUCACAAGAUUUAUCUGCCCAUUAAUUCAGUCAUUUUUUUACGUCUCUGGGUCUACAUCGUGCAAAAACAAGCUCUUCUUCUACAGGAAGAAAACCUGGCACAGACUGCGGCAGUCUGCUUCUAGUCAGUUUAUAAAUUCAUGCAAGCUGAGGAAAGUUUCCGAAUCAUGGGUACAAGCAAAACUAAAGGAAGAAAAAUGUUUGGGGGUUUGUAGUGUUCGUUUCCUAGUGAAGUCUUCAUCCCUGAGACCAAUUGUCAAUCUUUCACGAGUCACUAACAACAGAGCAUCUGUGAACAACCAUCUGAAAGCUCUUUUGCAUGUGUUAACUUUUGAGAGAGAACAGACUCCUGAAGUGUUUGGUGCUACAGUUUUAAAUGUUGAAGAAAUUCAUGCCAAAUGGAGACUGUUUGUUUCUGAAUGUAAAAAAUACAACGUACAGGAAUUGUAUUUUGUCAAAGUAGACAUUGAGAAGUGCUUUGAUACAAUAAAUCCUUGCCUCCUAUAUAGCAUUAUAUCAAGAAUUAUAAAGAGAUCAUUUUACAGAAUUUACAAAUUUAGAAAACAUGUUCGCUUAAAUGGGCAAAUCAAGUCAGUUUAUUUUGAAAGUUGUAAGUAUGCUAGUGAGAUCUACUGCAAUAAGAAGAAAAAGAUAGAAAGUUGUGGAUCUUAUGUAGUUACUAGAGAAGUACUGUUAAAAAAGCUAUGUGCACUUUUGUUUUGUUUUGUAGCUAAAGUGGGAAGUCAGCAUUAUGUUCAAACUCUUGGGAUACCCCAAGGAUCACUGUUGUCAAGUAUUUUGUGUGGUGCAUAUUAUGGGCAUAUGGAUCAGGUGUUCCUAAAUGGUGUCCGAGGUGAGGAUGAUUUUCUGGUGAGACUAGUUGAUGAUAUCCUUUUUGUGACACCCUGCAAAAGACAUGCUGACAAUUUGUUGAGGACUAUGCUAGAUGGCAUACCUGAGUUCAACUGUCGAUGUAACCUGAAUAAAUGCUGUGCCAGCUUCCCUUAUCAUCAUGCUGUUCUUGGGGAUGUGCCUUGUGUGUCUAACAAUUCCCCGUUGAUAUUCUGUGGCCUGGCAUUUGAUACUCGAACAUUGAAUGUCACCUUAGAUUUCUCAAACUAUAAUAAUAUUCAGACAGAGGAUACUAUUUCUUGGGACUUGACCAAACACCCAGGAUCUGUCAUUCAGAGUAAAAUCAUCUCUCUCGUUCACCCAAAGUGCCUGUCAAUUUUGUUUGAUAAAGACAUCAACUGUACAGACACUAUUCAUUACAAUAUUUUGUGUAUAUUUUCUGUGUCUGCUGUAAAGUUUCACUGCCUUGUUAUGCAACUGCCACCAAAAAGGAGAAUCCUGAAUAACCCAGCGUUCUUCACAAAAGCCAUACUAGGUCUUCCUCAAACACUGCUAGCCUGUGCGUCACAGAAACUGGCAAGACUCAGUUCACCAGAGGCACUGACUGUCCCUAUCUCUGCUGAGGUUGUCCGCUGGCUUUGUGUGCACAGUUUUCUGUUCAAACUCAAAAUGCAUCAUCAGAUGUAUGCCCCAGUUAUAGAAAGUCUGCAGCAUCUGCAAGAAAUCAAGCUAGAUUACAAAGUCUCUGUGAUGCUGCCGCGGAUAUUUGACUGUAUUUAUAUUAAGUAG